GCGAACAAUACAGUCAGGAUGGCUAAAGGUGACCCCAAGAAACCAAAGGGCAAGAUGUCUGCUUAUGCCUUCUUCGUGCAGACAUGCAGGGAAGAACAUAAGAAGAAAAAUCCAGAGGUUCCAGUCAAUUUUGCAGAGUUUUCCAAGAAGUGCUCUAAGAGGUGGAAGACAAUGUCUAGCAAAGAGAAAUCAAAGUUUGAUGAAAUGGCAAAGGCAGAUAAAGUACGCUAUGAUCGGGAAAUGAAAGAUUAUGGACCAGCUAAAGGAGGCAAGAAGAAGAAGGACCCAAAUGCCCCCAAAAGACCUCCGUCCGGAUUUUUCUUAUUCUGCUCCGAAUUCCGCCCCAAGAUUAAAUCCACAAACCCUGGCAUCUCCAUUGGAGAUGUGGCAAAAAAGCUGGGUGAGAUGUGGAAUAACUUAAGUGACAGUGAAAAGCAGCCUUACAUUACCAAGGCAGCAAAGCUGAAGGAGAAGUAUGAGAAGGAUGUUACUGACUAUAAGUCUAAAGGGAAGUUUGAUGGCGCCAAGGGUCCUGCUAAAGUUGCUCGGAAAAAGGUGGAAGAGGAAGAGGAGGAAGAGGAGGAGGAAGAGGAGGAAGAGGAGGAAGAGGAAGAUGAAUAAAAACUCUGUCUCCUUGUGAAUACCUUAGAGUAGGAGAGCGCUGUGAUUGACACAUCUCUUAUUUGAGUCGUGUCUAUUGCCCUUGUUAGGUUUAAUUACAAAAUUUGAUCACGAUCAUAUUGUAGUUUCUCAAAGUGUCAGUGGUUUACAUGAAGUAGCCGUGGGUGUCCGGAGCGCCCU